AGUAGUACUCGUCUCUAAAAUUUAUUAUAUAUAUCAUCACCUUAUUUACCUUUGUGCCUCUCUUAUCAGCCAUCAGUUCUAAACAUAAAUUAUUUUCCUUCCUUCCUUGUUUCAAUAGCUCUAUAAUGGCGAAAAAUGUACCCAAGUCCUCCCUAGACAGAAAUGGGCUGGCUUCACUGGAUCAGAAGCUCGCCUUGGCAAAGAGAUGUGGUCAUGAAGGCGUCGUGGCCGGGGCAAAAGCUGCUCUUCUUGCGACUGUUGCUACUGCAAUUCCUACCUUCGCUAGUGUAAGAAUGCUGCCUUGGGCUAGAGCUAACCUCAACCCCACAGCUCAGGCUCUCAUCAUCUCUACAGUGGCAGGUUCCGCAUACUUCAUAGUGGCAGACAAGACAGUUUUGGCCACUGCAAGGAAGAACUCAUUCAAGGGUUACCCAGACAUUGAAGUCUAACUAGCUACUCCUGAGUUGGAACCAGACGCCAAACGGAUCCUGUAUUUUCUUCUUUCUUAUUAGAGUACUGGAGUGGAUUGUAUUGGACGUUGUAUGUAUUAUGUAAAUCCAAUUCUAUAUAUGUAUAUG